AUACUUGUGUGGCGUUUGUUUGACGUGACACUCCCCCUUGUCGAUAUGAGGCCGACGUCACCCUGCCAGCGGAGGAGUGGAUGGCCUCUGUAAUAAAAACACAUGAAGAGAAUUGAGGAAAAGGAGAAGAUUGGCCGGGGGAAAAGCAACACGGCGGUUUUCGCUUUCUUCACCCUUCUGAUGAGCCAUGGACGUGAACGCCUCUUAAAACAAACGGGGAUAUGCUGGUCGCGGCAUCGACAGUUCCAGCUGAAAUGCCAUGUUAUGUGUGGCUUUCAUGUUUUUUUUGAGCAGACAGCGAGAGAUAACUGUACUGUAUCCCAGCCUAGCGGAUUGGAGUGAAAGUCCGCCAUAUUCUGCGUUACCACGCCCGGGAGUCGAGCCGUUGGAAAAUAAACGGACAGCUUUAUUCAUGUGUUUUCCCCGUUGCUUUCACCCACGGACGAUUACUUGAACACAUUGGUUGUGUUGAUUGAAAAAUAACAACAUUGAAGACUUUGAAGAGAGGUGGCAGGGCACGGAUGGCAAUGCUUAACGAGAUCACACCGAGCAGUAUUGAGGAUGUGUCUUAAAAUGAUCUGUUGAUCAUAUUGAGAAGGAAAAGCCGAUUACACCAAUUAAGAUUGAACAGAUAUUCAACCCAAACUGCUUUGGACACUAUUUUGAAGCUCACGGGAAGCCCAGAAAGCGAACCGAAACGGGGUGUCAAUAAUUUCUAAACUAUAACAAUUUCCUUUCCACCACAAUCUGCGCUUUUCUGGCUCAUUAUAAGGGCGUCCACGCGUUAUUCACCACACGCAGGCCUGUAUGAGGACGUUAUUUGGGGAUCACAGGCCUCUGCUUUUUACAUUUUUCACCCCGACGCAUUUGAAAUCUGAAUGAAUCAGUAAGAGGGAAAAGUGCGUGUUUGAAAAAAGGAGAGAGAAUGACACUGGAAUCCAUAAUGGCGUGUUGCCUCAGCGAGGAGGGGAAGGAAGCCAGGCGGAUCAACGACGAGAUCGAGAGGCAGCUCCGCCGGGACAAGAGGGACGCACGCCGGGAGCUGAAACUGUUGCUUCUGGGCACUGGGGAAAGUGGGAAGAGCACAUUCAUCAAACAGAUGAGGAUUAUCCACGGCACCGGGUAUUCUGAUGAAGACAAAAGGAGUUUUACUAAACUGGUCUAUCAGAACAUAUUCACAUCCAUGCAGUCCAUGAUCCGAGCCUCGGAGACGCUCAAGGUGCCCUACAAAUACGAGCUCAACAAGGGCCAUGCCAACCUUGUGAAAGAGGUGGACGUAGAAAAGAUAGGCAUGUUCGAGAAUCCCUACAUAGAUGCAAUCAAAAGCUUAUGGAAUGACCCAGGCAUCCAGGAGUGCUACGAUCGAAGGAGGGAAUACCAACUCUCAGACUCCACUAAAUAUUACCUGAACGCGUUGGACCGGAUUUCGCUGCCGUCCUACCUCCCCACCCAGCAGGAUGUGUUGAGGGUUCGAGUCCCAACCACGGGAAUCAUUGAAUACCCGUUUGACCUGCAGAGUGUCAUAUUCAGUGUUUUCUCUGUCCUGGGCGGUUGCUGCCAUGGUCAGGAUGGUGGGAUGGGAGUCAGAGGUCGGAGAGGAGGAAGUGGAUCCAGCUGCUUUGAGAACGUCACCUCCAUCAUGUCCUGGUGCGGCUCAGCGAGUAGGCGACCAGGUCCCGCGAGGGAUGCCCAAGCAGGACGGGAGUUUAUCCUCAAGAUGUUUGUGGACCUGAAUCCAGACGGCGAUAAAAUCAUCUACUCACACUUCACCUGCGCCACGGACACAGAGAACAUCCGCUUCGUCUUUGCUGCCGUCAAAGACACCAUCCUGCAGCUCAACCUGAAGGAGUACAACCUGGUGUAG